UGACGCGGUGGGCGGGGCGGAAGAUGCAUGACAGGCACGGACUCCGUUGAUGAACUGUGUCAGACAGCGCUGAGGGAGGUAAAUUCAUUUCUUGCUAAAGUGGCUCACUUGGUCCUGGGGUGGAAAUUUAAGGCUCUUGAGGAAGAAUGUACUACAGGAGUGUGUGCUGUAACCGCUGGUCAUCUGAAGAGAGGUUGGAUGGAAAAACAGUCAUCAUCACGGGGGCCAACACUGGUAUUGGAAAAGAGACCGCCAGGGACCUGGCAGGGAGAGGCGCACGUAUCAUCAUGGCAUGCCGGGACCUGGAGAGGGCAGAGGAGGCACGGACAGAGAUUUUGGAAGACACAGGAAAUGAGAAUUUGGUGAUCAGGAAACUCGAUCUUUCUGACACCAAAUCCAUCAGAGCAUUUGCUGAUCACAUCAACAAAGAGGAGAAACAAGUGAAUAUCCUGAUAAACAAUGCUGGCAUCAUGAUGUGUCCUUACUCCAAGACUGCUGAUGGGUUUGAAAUGCAGUUAGGGGUCAAUCAUUUGGGUCACUUCCUGUUGACUCACCUGCUGCUGGACCUCAUGAAGCGCUCAGCCCCUGCCCGUGUUGUUGUAGUUGCAUCAGUGGCCCACACCUGGACCAGCCUGCAUCUGGACGACAUCAACAGUGAGAGGAGUUACGAUACCAUGAAGGCCUACGGACAGAGCAAGCUGGCGAAUGUCAUGUUUGCUCGCUCGCUUGCCAAACGGUUGCAAGGUACAGGGGUGAGUGUAUUCUCUCUGCACCCGGGGGUGGUGCAGUCCGACCUGUGGAGGCACCAGCACCAGUGCAUACAGGUGGCAGUGAAAAUUUUCCGGGUUUUCACCAAGACCACAGUGGAGGGAGCACAGACCACCAUCUACUGUGCUGUGGAGCCCCGCCUGGACAGCCUGAGUGGAGGGUACUUCAGUGACUGUGCUCCUGCUGCGUGUUCCAGGGCUGCUUCUGAUGACGACGUGGCCCAAAAACUGUGGGACAUCAGCUGCAACAUGCUCGGUAUCACGUGGCAGUGAAAAGUGGCAAAAGCUGUGCAGUAGAAGGACACCCUUUUAUGUAUCUGUAAAUAUAUACUUUAUGACUCUGGUCCCUCAAAAGUCCAGUGUGAGAGUCACUAGAUCACUGUCAAGAGCUCUUUUUAAUUAUAAAAAAUAUCAAAAUGAAUCUUUUAAUUUAGUUAAAUUGUAUUUAUCAAACAAGAUUGCAUGAUUUUUUUACAUAUAUUUCGUACUGUUUGUUGAUAUAUAUCCUUAUUAAAGACUUUGUGUUGAAUUCAAAAGUGUGAAAGAAAUGCGUUCAAAUGUAUUUUUACUGUACAUCUAGAAUGAGUAUUCUAGACUCUUGAUACUCGUGUUUGAAUCCUGCUGCCUGUAGCAUACUGUAGUAUUGUUCUCUACUUUUCUAACUAAAUGUACCACUAUAAUAGGUAAACAGUGGUAUUUUGCUGCUUUGGCAGUUUGGUAGAAAACAAAGUUCAUGAGAACUCAAACUUCUAUUUAGAAACUUCAUCUUAAUCUAAAUCACAUGAGGGAUUAUUAAAGACCAAAGGAAUGUGGCUUAAGCAAGGGUUGGGGUAACAAGUCGGAUCAAUGCUCCCUCAAAGCAAUGUAUGUAGGCCCAUAUGUUUUAGAUAAAUGAAUACUCAAAAGCCAAAAUACACCAUUGCAAAGCUGUCCUGUUUUCAUGACAAAAAAUGUUAUUUUAUUUUUCUAAAUUAAUUUUACUCAUUAAUUUACAACCAUGAUUUACAUUUACAAUUUGGAACAAUAAGUUAAUUAUUACAGAGUGAGGAAUUUUUUUAAUCGGACACCAAAAAUAAAUGCUAUAAGUUUUAUUUAGCCUUCCUUUGUAUCAGUGAAGAUCUCAUUUCUGCUAUUCUGUGAAACAAACAUAUUCUAGUAAAGUAAUAAAGUAGUCACAAUUAUUCAAAGGUAUGAAUAAGAAAAUAAAACAUGCUGCCAUAUGAUGACUAUUAUUACAAUUAUGCAUGAAGUAUUUAAUUGUAAAAAAAUAAUAAAGACAAAAGCACAGCAAGCAGUUCUGGUUACACAUUGUGGUGAUAUAGAAUAAAAAGGAAAAUGUAAUAUCUCGUAUGUCAUUAAGAUACCCCCCCCCCCCCACCCCCCCCUUAUCUAUUUGUCAAAGCGUGAAAUAAUUAGGAAAGUGAGUGUGGAUUAUAGACAGUGAUGUGGAUACACUUGCAGCCUCUGUUGGAAAACCUCCUCGCCUGUAGGCGGCAGUGUGGACAAUAAAUGAAGCUCA